UAGAUUGAGGGGGUUGCCUUCCAGGUUGCAAUAGACCUUGACUACUUGCCGGUGCACCGUGUCGAGAUUAUUUAAGGCCGUAUCCUGGUGAAAAUGGGGAUCUAUAGCAGCGGACAGCCAUCGAAUCCGUUUUUAUUUCGUUUGGAUCCUCACUGACCUCCAGAAUGGGGAGAACGUUGACGUACUCAAAGCAUUCAGCUAACACGGUGAAUCGAUACAAACACCGAGCAACGUACGAUCUUGGGGCAAUCCAUUCCAUCAUAAAUUCUUCCCAGGUGCUGCAUGUGUCCUUUCACCCUGGGCCGGCAGAUGCCUUCCCCGCGAUUCUACCCUUGAUUGGCCAAAUGGGCUCAUUCGAGUAUCCUUCAGCCGGUAUCGAUGAGCCUCUCGACUGUUAUCUCCAUGGAUAUGUCAGUUCUCGGAUCAUGAACCUCGCUCGGGCUUCUGAAGGCGAGGGGCUGCCAAUAUGCGUGGCGGCCAGCAGGGUGGAUGGUUUGGUCCUGUCGCUGACCCCCAAUUCUCACAACUACAACUACCGCUCUGCUAUACUCCACGGCUACGCCAAUCUGGUUACUGACGAGCAAGAGAAGCUCUGGGCUAUGCAACUGAUCACGAAUUCCGUGGUGACCGAUCGCUGGAAUAACUCACGAGUGCCCCCUGACGGAGCAGAGAUGGCUUCGACAGUGAUAUUGAAAGUUAGGGUUGUCGAUGGCAGUGGCAAGAUUCGCGAUGGCGGUGUUACUGACGAGCGCAAAGACAAGAACAAUGACCAACUCACCGGUCGAAUUUGGACUGGUGUAAUCCCGGUAUGGGAAACCUUCGGGGAGCCUGUUCCCAGUGCUGAGAACCGGGUUGCGGAUACUCCAGAGCAUGUCUCAUCUUUUGUUGCUAAGAUGAAUGAGCGUAAUCGUACAUAUGCUGAGAAUGCCAUCAAAGUUGCCCUUCCACCAGAAGAACAACAUUGAGCAUUGGUCUAUUGAUUCUACUCUACGGUCUUGAUCAUUUGGUACUUAUAUUUAAUGAAAUGCAA